UCCUCCCUCCUAUUUCAAACACCGCCGCACCAUCGAUCCCAAAAUUUUCUCAUCACGAGUUUUUAGAUCUCCGCUCCCAAUUUUUUCCAUUUCGCGAUCUCUCUUCUUUAUCGUAAUCUCACAAAAUGCCUCGUCGAAGCUCCGGAGGACGUGCAGCACCUCGUGCCGCUCCUCGACCUUCCCCAGUCAGGAAUCCUCCUCAGCCCGCUAAAGCUGCUCCCCCACCGGCACCUCCUGUCCAGGGAGGAGGAUCAGUCCUGGGCGGGUUGGGUUCUGCUAUAGCUGAUGGCAUGGCUUUUGGGACCGGAAGUGCUAUUGCUCGUAGAGCUGUUGAUGCUAUUGUUGGCCCUGGUGUAAUUCAGCAUGAAACGGUUGCCUCUGCUACACCUGUGGCGGAAGCUUCUGAUGCAUCAAGGAGUGGUUCUAUGGGUCGUGAUGCGUGCAGCCUUCAUUCUAAGGCCUUCCAAGAUUGUAUCAACAGCGACGGAAGCGAUAUCAGCAAGUGCCAGUUCUACUUGGACAUGCUGAACGAGUGCCGCCGCGGUGGUUCUGGCGAGAUGCUUCGAGUUUAACUGAAUAAUAUAAAAUAAUUGAUCAGAUAUUAUUUUGUGCAGCAGCUCAUUUCUUUGUGCCCAAAGAGUAACUGAUGUUUAUUGAAUAAUUUCGUCCGACUGUCGAAACUAUUCGUAUGACUAUGUGCCGUAUAUUUCUUUGAACUCUUGUUAUUUUUGAGUUUAAUUACGGGACACAAAUGCAUACUUCUACUCUGAGAAACUGGAAAUGAGAACCGUGGAUUUGAAAAUA